GCCUAUAGUAGGCAUGUCUGCUACAUUAAAAUUAAAAUUUGACAUAACUUACACGUUGGACUCAAUGAAAUGGUUGCUGGUUUGCUCUUGUUGAUACUUUUGGCUGGUGUGGUGCAGAUGGCUUCGAAGGAUACAGGUAAUUCUAAAAGGGCCUCUCACAUUUUAGACACGAUACCAACUGAAGCAGGCAUAGAUGAGGACCCUCCUCCCAUACCACCACCUAUACCUAGUCCCUUUCCUACGAUUACAAUAUUGUCAGAAGAAUUGAAAAGAAUGGAGAAAGAAAGAGAAUUGAGACGCAGGGGGAAACCUUCGUUGCCUAUUUUAUCUGAAGAGCUGAGGAAUUUAUUGGAGCUUCAAUUUUCUCAAGUUGACAUACCAAAGUUAUAUGGAUGCUCAACUCGAACUACUCCCAAAUGAAUAAUCCAGUAUGGAUUGGAGAGCCUCAUUCAAUAUGAUAACAUUGUGAUCCAGUUUGUGAGGCUAAGAUUUCCUUCUGCUGGACAAAAAACACUGGAAGGUAACCUGAGAUCACAGGGAUAUAGAAUUCAAAGAUGGAGGGGAAUUUCAUUAUAAUAUUUUGCUGUAACAAAUUUGUUCAAUUGUGUUUAUGUUUUCUUUUAAUCUUAAUGUAAAUUAAAUGAGUCCCAA